CAACUACAGUACACGUGCGUUUGGCUUUGUCUCAAUAACUAUUUUGAAUCAGUAAUUUGUAUAUAAAAUGGGCACGAAAAAGGUGAAGAUUAGUUCAGUGAAACGCAACGCACAUCUCAAAUCUAAGAAGACUCCUCUUACCAAACAACAACAACAUAAGUUGGCUCAGCAGAAAGCGGCUAAGGAUCGAAAACAAAAUAUAUUCAGACAGAAGGCGAAAAAACGUGAACAAUUGCCACAAAAGCGAAAACAAAAGGCUGAUAUUUACGAUGACCCACUUGAUAAUGGCGAUGAUAAUGUGGAUCCAUCUGAAUUGGUUAAUAACAUAGCGGAUAUGUUGGACGGUGAUGAUUUGGAAUAUUUGCAUGAGAAAGGUUUAAAUAAGCAACGUAAACGUAAGAAUACAGCUGUUGUUGCAGAGGAAAAAGAAUCAGUGGGUUUAGAAAAAGCUUAUACAAACAAAGCAGUUGUGGACAAUGAAAAGAAAAAAGUCAAAGUCAAUUUAUUGCCCAUAAAAAGUCGUGAUGGCCAAAUCAUAACACGUACCGCUGAAGUAGACUACAUACCUAAACCAAAGGUUAAACGUAGUGAGAAAGAGGAUGACGGAGCAGAAGGGGAUGAGGAUGAGGUUGACGAAAAUGACGACGUUGUUUAUGAAGAUAGUGAUGAUGAUGUAGUAAAUGAUGUUGGCGAAGGCAGUGCCCUACCUGAGCCGGAAAAAAAGCUGAUUUCUACUACUGAUUUGCUUAUUGCGCGUCAACAGGAAAUUGAGCGUCAAAAAUAUCGUAUUGGUAUAAUUUGUUCUGGUUUACUUGAAAAACCAGAAGAUAAAAUGCGAAAUUUUAAUGCUCUAUAUGAGCUGAUGGAAGAAACAAAUGCAGCUGGUACACCAAAUCUUUUAACAGUACGAAAAUUGGCAAUACUCUCGGUGACUGAAAUAUUCAAAGAUAUUCUGCCUGAAUAUCGCGUGGGACAGGUCGACACUAAAAUGCAAACAGUUCGCAAAGCCACUUUGGAACGUGUGACUUAUGAAAAUGCCCUGCUUCAACAAUUUAAAAAAUUCCUGCAGAAACUUGAGAAACUUACAGCAAUAGUAAACAAGCGUGGACAGGGACGUGUAACACCACAGGCGAUUAAAAUGGCUGAGGUGGCUGUGCAAAGUAUGUGUGAUAUACUCAACGCGCAUCCAUAUUUCAAUUAUGUGCAAAAUGUUGCACAACUCUUGGUCUAUAUGUUGAACUGUAACUAUGAGAAUAUGCGUGAAACAAUUAACAAGUGUUUCCGCACCUUUUUCGCCAAUGACAAGAAAUUAGAUAUGACACUGUUCAUUGUGAGGCGCAUAAACCACCUAAUAAAGACUAAACUCCCAAAUGUGCAUGUCGAGUGCAUUACUUGCUUGCUGGCACUUAAGAUAAAAAAUGUUAAUUUAGAUGCUGAGAAAGAGAAUGAAUUAAAACAAAAAAAGUUGGAGUCGCACAGACAGCGUUUGAUGAGCUUAUCAAAGAAAGAGCGCAAACGACGGAAGAAAUUGGCUGAAGUCACGAGAGAGUUAGACGAAACCCGUGCCGAAGAAAAUAAGCAAACAAAACUUUACAAACUAACGGAAAUAACAAAAAUGGUUUUUACAAUUUAUUUCCGAGUUUUGAAAAACGAUCCAACGUCAAAGGUUCUGAGUGCUAUUUUAGAGGGUUUAGCAGAGUUUGCACAUGUCAUCAAUUUAGAUUUCUUCUCUGACCUCAUUGAUGUGUUGAAUCGCAUAUUAGAGGAAAUGGAUCUUGGUUACCGUGAACAAUUGCAUUGCAUAAAAACGAUUUUCGUUAUACUCUCAGGUCAAGGUGAAGUGCUGAAUAUUGAUCCAAUACGUUUCUACCAACACUUCUACAAAAAUAUGCUUACUGUGAAUGCGGGAAAAAAUCAUGAAGACUUCCGCAUCAUACUCGGUACUUUAGAUGAAGUUUUAGUGAAAAGAAGAAGCAAUAUGAGUCAGCAACGUUUAAUGGCGUUCAUAAAACGUUUGCUUAUGCUUAGCUUGCAUUUAUUGCAUCAUGGUACACUAGCCACCCUUGGCACAAUAAAAACCACCUUCCAACUAACAUCGGUAUUAGACGUUUUACUGGAUACAGACACUAGCGUAGGAUCGGGUAAUUAUGAUCCGGAAUUGGAGGACCCAGAGUAUUGUAAUGCUUCAAGCACCGCGCUAUAUGAGCUUACUAUACUGUCUCGCCAUUAUCAUCCAACGGUGCGUAAAAUGGCUAUGCACAUAGCCAAUGGGGUGCCGGCAUCUGGAGAAGGGUCCUUACCACCAGAAAUUGGCAAACUAUCCUCUCAUGAACUCUACGAUCAGUUUAAUAGCACGCAAAUGGUGUUCAACCCAGUUAUACCGGUGCCGAAGAAGACUGAUCCAAAAAUCAAAAAAGGCAGACAACAAUUUAUCAAUUCUGAUUUCAAGCCAUUUUGCAAAAACUUUUUGCAAAGUGGAACGCCGCCGAAGAAAACAAAAAAUAAAGCCUGUCCAAAUUUUAAUUUCUACGAUGCUCUUGUAAACAAUUGUUAGCUUAUAUAUGUAUAAUAAAAAGGUUUUUUUGUAAUAUACGGCUUUAUAAAAUAAUGCUGUCAAUCACAGUGUAUGUAGACAACUACAAAAGAUGAUAGAUUGAUUUAGUUUAAUUCAAUUUCAUUUAUUGUUAAAUGUGUCGAAAUAAAAAAGGCAUAUUCCUGCCAGU